CGCCGACGGGCACUCACUUCCAUUUUGAUGCAUGGAUUUCACUUGUGCUCACCACUUUUUGAGAGAGUGUGUGUGUGUGCGUGUUGAACUUGGAUCAAGGUGGUGGAGGUGUUGGGUGAAGGAACUUUACUGUCUAAGGCAGCGACACAAUUGGCCAGCUUCAGUGUUAGAUUUUUGGUACCACGCGUCUGUCUCUGUCUCUCAUUAGCCCAUCCAUUCAUGGGAGGAGGGCAGUCGGGUUGAAAUGCCUCAGGGCAGCCAGAAAAACAUGACUGGGACAGCAAGACGUUGCAGGUGUAUCCGUCCCUUAGGUGCAGGUGCAGGUGCAAGGGCCACUUGCAAAUUGUGGCAGGGAGUCAUCUAUGGCUUUAGAAUAAAGAGGCAGGCAGGCGCGGGAGAGAGCAGGACUGCAGGAGCAGGAGCAGGCGGCAAAAAAGGGCAGGAGGGAAGGAGAGACAGUCGACAGACUCGAGACAGCAUAGGAAGCAGCAGCCCGAACUUCAAAGGCAGGAAGGAGCCACUGGUCAGGACUGGACUCAGGAGGGCAGGGCAGUAUUGGAUCGGGACGGAGUACGGGAGACUGGAGGCAGGGGGUGGGCCACACCUGCAGCAUCGCACCUGCCCUGCACCUGUCCUGCACCUUACUCCUGGCACUCACGCACUGCAGGAGCGCUGGCCGGUGUCUGGCCCUCCUCCUGCCUCUGCUCCUGCCUCUGCUCCCACGCUCCUUCUUGCUCCUGGGCAGGUUGACUGGCUCCUGCUCUGUUGUUAUGGCUUGCUGCUGGAUGGCUGGGUGCCGCGCUCCUUCCUUCGAACCUGACCUUCCCGGCCAGACCUGCCUGGCCUCUUCCUCCAAUUAAAGUGCAGCCAAAAAAUCGAACCUCUCGUCAUGGGAGAAUACCUGACCUACGGACAAUGCGGAGACGCUACGCUUUAUCCGUA